AUGAAUCAACUGAAAUUCGAUUCAUAUAACUUCGUACAAGUGGGCAAAGUUAUAGCUCAUACAGAUAAAUUUUUAGUGGAAAAUGAGAUCAUUUUCAUCAUGAUUGGUAGUACUGGACAGCAACAACCGUUCGUGUCACCUGUAUCAGGCGUAGUUACUAAAAUAUACGUUCACGAAAACGAUAUACUUUCAUAUGGAUCGCUAAUCCUUGAAUAUCAAGAAUGUUCGCAUGCGGUUAUCUACAAAGAUUUAUGUGCUGUUUGUGGUAAAAAAGUUGACAAAACAUUGGAACCAUCUAACUCGAUGCAGAAAGUUACGGCAAUAGAGCCGGCAUUCUCUUGUGUCAAAACUACUAGAGAAAGAGCGAUAAAAUACGAUAGUGACGAACGUAAUCUACUACUUCGUAGACGCAAACUUCAUUUGUUGAUUGAUCUGGAUCAAACACUUGUUCACACUAGCAAUUCUCCGAAUCAUUAUCCAUCAUCAGAUGACAUUAUUUCAUUCUAUUUGGAUCACCCAGUAGCACAGACACUUUAUACAAAACUACGUCCUGGUGUCAAAGAAUUCCUUGCCCAUCUGCAAUCUUACUAUGUCUU